CCUCGACUCCAUCUUCGUGGUCGCGGCUGCGGUGGCCGUUGUCCAGUGGCCGACAUGCAGCUUUUUGUCCACGCCCAGGAGCUACACACCCUCGAGGUGAUCGGCCAGGAGACGGUCGCCCAGAUCAAGGUUCGUGCAGCCUCUCUGGAGGGCGUCGCUCCAGAAGAUCAAGUCGUGCUCCUGGCAGGCACGCCCCUAGAGGAUGAGGCUACCCUGGGUCAGUGUGGAGAAGAGGCUCUGACCACCCUGGAAGUAGCUUGCCGCAGGCUUGAAGGUAAAGUCCAUGGUUCCCUGACCUAUGCUGGGAAAGUAAGAGGGCAGACUCCUAAGGUGGCCAAACGAAGGAGAAGGAGAAGGAGGAGGAGGAGGAGGAGGAGGAGGAGGAGGAGGAGAAGAAGACAGGCCAAGCCAAGUGGUGGAUACUAUACAACUGGCACUUUGUCAACGUUGUGCCCACCUUUGGAAAGAAGAAGGGCCCCAAUGCCAACUCUUACGUCUGACGUAAUCCUGGCUUUCCCCUAUAAAGCCACUUAGUCCAGUCAAAAAAAU